AUGUUUCGAAAACUUGGCUCAUCCGGGUCACUAUGGAAACCGAAAAACCCGCAUUCACUGGAAUAUUUAAAGUAUUUGCAAGGCGUGUUGACGAAAAACGAGAAAGUCACUGAGAAUAACAAGAAAAUACUCGUCGAGGCGUUGAGAGCCAUCGCCGAAAUCCUCAUUUGGGGAGAUCAGAAUGAUGCGUCGGUUUUUGACUUCUUCCUGGAACGUCAAAUGCUCCUUCACUUUCUUAAAAUCAUGGAACAGGGGAAUACACCGUUGAAUGUGCAAUUAUUACAGACACUGAACAUUUUAUUCGAAAAUAUUCGACAUGAAACGUCGCUUUAUUUCCUACUGAGCAACAACCACGUGAACUCGAUAAUUUCCCACAAAUUCGACCUGCACAACGAUGAGAUUAUGGCAUAUUACAUUAGUUUUCUGAAAACUCUUUCAUUCAAAUUGAAUCCGGCGACAAUUCAUUUCUUUUUCAAUGAGACAACUGAAGAAUUCCCACUUCUCAUUGAAGUUUUGAAAUUGUAUAAUUGGAAUGAGUCGAUGGUUCGAAUUGCUGUCAGAAAUAUUCUUCUGAAUAUCGUAAGAGUUGACGAUGACUCUAUGAUCAUUUUCGUCACCAGACAUAUCAAAGACUACCUCUCUGAACUAAUCGAUUCCCUUGUUGCCCUCUCAAUUGAAAUGGACACAUUCGUCCGAUCGGCUGAAAAUGUGUUGGCGAAUCGAGAGAGAUUACGGGGAAAAGUUGAUGAUUUAAUCGAUUUGAUUCAUUAUAUCGGAGAGUUGUUAGAAGUGGAAGCAGUCGCCGAAUCGUUGUCGGUUCUGGUGACCACUCGCUACCUAUCCCCCCUCCUCCUCUCAAGUAUUUCCCCCCGUCGAGACAAUCAUUCCCUCCUGCUCACUCCAGUCUCCGCCCUCUUCUUCUUCUCAGAAUUCCUUCUCGUCGUCCGUCAUCACGAAACAAUUCACACAUUCUUAUCAUCAUUUCUCUUCGAUAAUCAGAAGACUCUGAUGACUCAUUGGAUUCGAAACGAACAGAACUUCUAUUUGGAGCCAAUGUCCAUGUCGUCACCUGUUACAGAGAAUGUGGUGGAUCAGGAUUGUGCGUUCUUCGAUAACCUACUGGAAGCAUUCGAAACGUGCCAAACAGAUGAUUCGAGAUCGUUCUACGGAUUGAUGCUGAUUUAUUCAAUGUUUCAGAAUAAAGCUGAUGUUGGAGAACUUCUAUCGGCCGCCCAUUUCCCAGUCCUCAUGAGAGAAACUUCCAAUCCGUCAGCAACUACUGGAUCCCUGGCUCAACAGACUCUCGCACGUCUUCGGAUAUCAUCCACGUCUUCUAUCACGAAACGAACACGGGCGGUGACAGAAAUUGGAGUGGAAGCGACGGAAGAGGAUGAGAUAUUUCAUGAUGUACCUGAGGAGCAGAAUAUGGAAGAGUUGGUUGAUGAUGUAUUGUUUGAUACUGAAAACUCAUCAUAUGCUUUGCAAGAUCCCGAAGAAACGUCUCGUUCCCGUUUCCAAUCAGCUGCCGAUGAACUCCCCGUCCCGACGUCAUCUGAAUCCCUUCCGACGUCUUCUGGUCUAGAUUCUCGACUAUUUGAUGCCCUCUCAUCUAUAAUUCGAGCAGUUGGAACAGAUGAUAAUCGGAUUCGACCGAUUACUCUGGAAUUGGCGUGUCUUGUGAUACGACAGAUUUUGAUGACAGUGGAUGAUGAGAAGGUUCACACAAAUCUCACAAAACUGUGCUCGGAAGUUCGUCUGAAACUGCUAGGAUGCAUAGGACAAUAUGUGAAUGGAGAGAAUCUAUUUCUGGAAUGGUUUGAGGAUGAAUACGCUGAAUUUGAGGUAAAUCACGUGAAUUUCGAUAUAAUCGGCUACGAGAUGCUCCUCCCACCCGCGGCCACGCCCCUUUCCAAUCUUGUGCUCCACAAACGACUGCCCAGUGGAUUCGAGGAACGACUCAGAACUCAAAUAAUAUUCUAUCUACAUAUCCGAAAACUCGAGAGAGAUUUGACGGGAGAAGGGGAUACGGAACUACCGGUGAGAGUGUUCAAUUCGGAACAAGAACCUGUGGCAGUGGGAGAUUGUAUCAAUUUGCACAACUCCGAUCUCCUCUCCUGCACAGUAGUCCCUCAACAACUGUGCUCCAUCGGCAAACCAGGAGACCGUCUCGCGCGAUUCCUCGUCACCGAUCGUCUCCAGCUGAUUCUAGUCGAGCCAGACUCCCGAAAAGCGGGAUGGGCGAUUGUACGAUUCGUUGGAUUGUUACAGGAUACAACUAUCAACGGAGACUCGGCAGACUCAAAAGUGUUGCAUGUGGUUGUGGAGGGACAGCCGAGUCGAUUGAAGGUAAGAAAUUAA